CCUAAUAUUGAGUCUGCAGCUACUCUUUUUGUGUGGACAAAUUCUCGGCCAAAUAUCUGACGAUUACUCAAUCAUUUUCACAUUUUCUCCGUCGGGAAUAGUUUAAAAGGCACCUUAUUCAUUUAAAAAACGACUAAAUGGCAGAUAAUUGGGCUAGUUUUCCAGCUGGUGAUACUCCGGCAGAGGGUAAUGCUGAUGCACCUCAAGGGGCGGUAGGAGGAGGUGGAGGAGGUGGUGGAGAGGAGGACUGGGAUGACUUUGGAGGGUUCGAAGGAGCCACGCCCGUUCCACCAGAGCUUAGCCAACAAUCACCGGGGCCUGGGGUAGAGGCUAGCCCAUCUCCUUGGGCUGCAUUCUCAAUGGGUGCAGCAUGCCAGCCGGAUCUUGUGAUUGCGCAGUCUCGUCCAACACAGCCUCAACCAGAUAUUGAUCCUACGUUUGCUGAUCCUGUACCUCCACCGGAACUAGCAUCACAGGCAGAGGCAUCACUUCAGGCCCAGCAACAGGCCCUGCAGAACGGUACACCGGCUGCAGAAGCAGUGUCAGUAGAGGGCGCCCCAUUCAACGAACCCAGAGAACGCCCUCUUGGCCGAGGAGGAGCUAACAUAUUGGAAGGCAUUGACGUCAGUCUUGAUGAUGAAGAGGAGGUUGCAAGGCCAAGCGACAUGAUGGCUCCGCACGAGAACGGUCGUAUCAGUGAAUCAGAGGCAGCGGCGGCCCUGGACGGUCCACAUGGAGCCCCAGCUCCAGUACCACAGGUACCAGCCCAGGUACCGGAGGGCCUGGAUCUCAAUGCUGGAGCCAGGAGGGCGGAGGUGGAGCUGACUGAGAGGGUGGUCCAGAUGGAGCAGAGUUUGUCGGUGGCGGAGAGGGAGACCCUUCGCUUGCAAAGGGAUAAAGAGGAGCUACAGAGGAAGAUAGGGGAGCUAGAGCAGGAGGUCGAAGGUCAAAGGUUAGAAUCUGAGCAGCAGCAGUCCAGAUAUAGAGAGGUACAGGCCAGACAUGAGAGAGAGCUCGAGGAGAUGAGACAAGCAGGUCACCAGGCUUUGGCAGUCAUCGUAGAAGAAUAUAAGGAAUUAUGUAAAUGUGCUGUUGCUGAGCAACAGGAAUUGAGUGAGAAGCAGCUUCAGAUGGCCGUCAGCAAAGAGAUGGAGAAAUGCCAAGAAUUAUUACAAGAACAGCAUCAGAGGUUUGCGACUGCUCUUGAGGACGAGAGGAGUAAAUCAGAAAGAAGGAGUGAGGAAGCACUUGAAGCCCAAGUAGAAACUCAAAGAACACAUAUAGCUGAAUGCUUAAGAGAAGAACAGGAGAGGAGUAGAGCUGAAGUCAAUAAAUUAUUAAAGGAAGCCCAGGCAGAGAGUCAAACAGCCAUGGCAGCGGCUUUGGGAGUAGAAACAACUAAAUACUCAGGAAUGAUAGAAGAUAAGCUGGAGGAGGUUAGGCAAAGGAAUGAAGAACAACAGAAGAAGCAGAGAGAGACGAUAGAAAAGGCUUUGACAGAGGAGAGGCUGAAAAGCAGGGAAGCACUUCAGAAAUCUUUAGAAGAGGAGAGAGGUCAUCACCAAGAAGCCAUCAAGAGAGUGGUAGAGCAAACAAGAGACGAUUCCAUCCAAUACUGCAGGGAUCAACAAAAGGCUGAUGACUCUUUGAGGCAGCGCUCGUUCAUCACCAUGGACUUGUUCUUGGAGAGCAUGCGUAAACAACUGCAGGUCCUUCGGGAACAGGGAACAUCUGAACUAGGCAAAAAUCAUCCGUCAUCGUCCUCCUCUUCCUCGUCGCAGUCAAGCAGCAGCGGCCAUCAAGGUCAAGGUUCAAACAGCAACGGAGCUACAAACUCCUCGUCAUGAUGAUUAUGAACUAUGCAGUUUGAUUGUGUUACGAUCUCACGGAAUGUAGUCACCAGUGGGCCCUGUUUUACAAAGAGUUGAUAUCAAUCGCAACUAUGUACUUAAGAGAUAGGAGACUGCAAACUUGCGAUUAAUUGGAGGACUUGCGAUUGAUUUGGAUUGAUCGUAACUCUUUGUAGGAUGGGCCUUAGGAAGGGUUGGCAAAGGAUUUGGCAGCACAGUGAAUGGAGAAACAGUAUUUAUUAGAUAGGCUAUUUAGGCUACUGAUAAAUUUGAUAACGUGAUCAUGAGAUUGUAAUGUAAGUAAACCAAGAUAUUUUUCAAGGAUAAUUUAUGGAUCAACACAACGAUUGUUCAACUAGGUACAUGUAUUUAUGAUGACUGAAACAGUCGCUCUUUAAAGCCCCACUGCACUACUUAUAGCUACUUGCGCCCUCUAUAUCGCGAACAACGCCUAAUCGGUGACCCUUGUUCCCCCAUGAUUCUCUUUUUCUUAUGUUAAUUGAGAGCUGAUUUGAUGAGAUAACCACCUGUCAGUGACCAUGCAGGGAGGUCUAAUCCCUCCUGGCCAAACUAGUGCAGAGGGGCUUUAAGUGAAUGAGCACAUGAAAAAUGUGAACUAGAAAUCUACAGGAAUCUAUGAAUAUACAACUCUGACAUCAAGCUGCUCGAGAACCAUUCCCCCCACCUCAUUAGGGUAUUUGCCAGUAGCAGUUGAGUUCACAAUGAUCUAAAUAUAGAAGAAUUUUAUCUAUUUUAUCCAUCAUCGUGCAAGUAAUGAGCACUUGGUGUUGAUUCACAUCAAAGAAAUGCACCACUAUAUCAGUGGCAUAUUGGAAAAGGGAUUUGCCAGCGGGUCAAUGCAAGUGAUAUGUAAAAACUAUUUGGCUGAAACGUGGAGGGGUCGUGGUUGAGUGGUUCAUUCACUUGACUGUCAAUCCGAGGGUUGGAGGUUCAAAUCCCAGCCUGGCACUAACAUCCUCCAACAAGGCAUUGGUCCACUUUUGCCACUCUCCACCCAGGUGUAAAUGGUUACCGGAUAUGCCAGAGCGUCAGCUUUGACAGGCAUAAUAAGUUUGGAGCGCCAGCAGGGACCCGCUUCACAAAACCUAUGUUCAAUGACCAAUGCCAAAAAUCACUGACAAAUUUUCUGAUAACCAAUCAGAAGCAAGGAUUUCAGUAGCUUAUAACAAAACUGUCAUUUGUCACUGAUGGCCAGUUUUAUGAAACACCCCCCCCCCUGGAGUGUCAUUGAGUGACGGACUUGUGCAUUAUAUACUGUAAGAAGCCACCAUUAUAAUUCUUAUUAUUGAAUAUGAUGACAAAUCUGGUAGCUUUAAAUUAGAUAAAUAACUUGCUACACCUGUUCACUUGCCUUGGAACUUUCCUAAACAAACAGUUGAAUGGAAAUACAUUACUUGUAUUCAACAAUAAAGUGAGUCUCUAUAUUGGAGCCCCUGCAUUGGGAGGACCAAACCAUGUGAAAAGAUACAUUUAUAGGACAUUUCAUCUCCAUGUCAUGAAUAGCGCAUACAUCCAUUGUCGUCAACAAUUCAAAUUUAUUUAAUCGUGCAUGUACAUUUUUCAAUUAUUUACUUUAUUGAAUUAAUUCAUAAUUCAUUGUUUAUUCGUGUGUGGACCCAAGUAAUAAUGUAUUCAUCAUGUUUUCUUCCGCAAUAUAAUGUUUAUGUUUAUCACUGCUUUUGAGGGGUAAGAAUCUAUCAGAUAAGUAGCUGUAAACAGCAGUGUUCUGUUUUUUAAUGAGACAUAAAAUUGUAAUUCACUUCAUAUUUCUGUAUCUCAUAACACAGAGCUCAGUGAAUACGCAUAGGACCUUUGUAGUGCGCAGUUGCUAUUCAUUUACACAUCAAAGGUACUAUGUCCCUUUUGCAGGCCAAAAAAAAUGAAAAGGUUAAAUUCCAACGGCAUU